AUGGAUCUCUUUAUUUAUAAUAGGUCCCACCGCCUGUGGAUCUGCCGCCCAUGUGGAUUUGCUGUUGCUGUUGCAAAUGUCCUCACCCACCUGGCUAAGCGGCACCGCAACCAUCCCUCGGCCGCGACGGCAGGUCUCCGGGAGGCCGCAGUGGCUGCGAUGAUGCAGGACCAGCUGGAGCCGGUGUUUGACCGCACUCAGGAACCCUGUUGCCCACCGCCUCCCGAGAGUGCUCCAGUCCGAGCCGGUGGUCGGCUUGCAUAUGGAGACAGUGAUAGCCAAGGGGGGCUGCGGUCACCAUUUCUCUGGCCGCGGGGGCAUGGACCGUGGGACAGCAGCCGGCUGCGGGUGGUGCUUCAGCGCGAGGCAAAGACACACCUCCAGACCAAGCUCAAUGUAAUCACUUGGCGGCAUGCCGCCAUUGCCAUCUCGCGUAUGCACCUGUCCUGUGGAGGGUUCAAGCGGGAAUAUGGGGCAGAUGAUGCGGCAGUAGACCAGCAGGCAGGCCAUGGAUCCUGGGCUGCAGGUACAGUAUAUGCGCGGGGGCUGCAGGAGGCACCAGGCCACAUUGAGGAACGGCGUGUGCGGUACCAGGCUGUCAGCCGGGAGUGGCAUGAAUUCCUGGGGUUUAACCCGGGGGUGCGAAAGCGGGCACGGAACAUGGAAAAGAGCGUUAGCAGAAAAGCUCAAAAACAGCAGCCAUCAUAUGUAACAGUAGAAAUAGAUGACAACAUAGAGCUAUAA